AUGCCACCAGCAUCUUUGGCAUUGGAGGGUAGCCGUCGUGCUCCGAUGAACGCAUUUGCCAAGGACUCUGCGAACAACUCGAUUGGUGGUUCCGGCCCCUCCGUAGUCGGCCGGACCAUUCAACCUUUUGGGAACAGGGGCCAGGAAGCCUUCACCGACUAUGCCCAAGGUGCCCGAAAGAAUAACCCGAAGAUGCCUUGGUCUUGGCACGUCCACCUUUUGGAGGGCACACCUGCCGCUCGAACGGUCAUCCAGAAACGCGAGGCAGAGCAAGCGGCUGAAACUGCGGACGGCGGUUUGCAACGCAAGAAGUCGUUGGCGCAGAGGAUCCGUGGAAUUAACAAGGUUCCCGUGAAUAUGGCCCUGGAGGACGGCCAAGUCUUGCGGAGGGUGGCCGUCGCCCCACUUACCCUGACCUGCCAAGGCGCACCACCGAUGUGGACUUUUAGCCAGGGUCAAAAGUUUGAAGGGCGGAAGAAGAACUCGGCCACAGCCCGAUAUCCCGGCGCCUCCUCCCGUGGUUGCUACCGCUCCCGGCACGGCCGUAUAGUGGAGGCCAAGGAGCAAGGCUCGCCAGACAUUCGAUAG